AGCGAAGAAAAUAUUAAAGUUUCUGCAAAGAGAUCAGAAGAGAGAUGAGUUAUUAUGGGGAGAGAAACCUAGGAAAUCACGAAAGAACAGGAGCAGCAUCGUCUCGGAAGAGCAAGAAGAGCAAUUCGGAGAAGCCUAAACAGCCGCAGAGAGGUCUUGGGGUUGCCCAGUUAGAGAAGAUUAGAUUGCACAGCCAAAUGGGUUGUGCUUAUCAUCAUCUCCCACCUCCGUCUCUUCACCAUAACCCUUUCGCCGCCACUAAUCUCUCCCAGGAGGACAUGAGAUUGCAGACACCUUAUUCCUCGUCUUCAUCAUCAUCUUAUGCUUGUCUUCCUGCCUUUCAAACCAUGAUGGGAAAUGACUUGGAAAGAGCAAAUAUCAGAUUUGGAGAUUCCCAACCUAGCUCAACCCCAAGUUGGCAUCCUGGCACAGUCUAUGAGCCCCAACAAUAUGCACAACCAAACAUGACUAGACAUUUCCUCAACCUACAAGUAGAGGACUCGAUCGAGAAGAAGAGGAAGAAAGACAGAAGUGAUUCAAUGGGUUCAGGUAGUCAGAAUAAUUCUGAAUGCAAUGGAAGCCAAGAAUUAGACCUGGAGCUCAGAUUAUGACAUUAAUUGGUGAGAAGAUUAUUAAUGGAAGCUAGAAAUGAAAGAAAGUACUGUUUUUCUGGUACUACAACGUAACACACUGUAUGGAUUUCCUUUCACUUAUGUUCAGAAUUAAAGUAGAACACAUUAUUAUAUUAAUCAAAGCUAAAGUUGCAAAAAGUAUAAUUAAUUAAGCAAGUUGAUGGAAUUU